AUAGUCUGAGUAUCAGUGCUCCGUGGUGUAACAUAAGACCCAAGUACGUACGCACGAUUUCCAGAUUUACAGAUUUCCAAAUAAUUGUUGGCAGAUCACAAACCGACACUCACAAAGUCUUCUCAUGGCAAGACUACAGCAGCUUGACGAGACUGAGGUUAAAGCGAAAGAGAAGAAGAAUAGAAAUCAUGGAUCCACUAAAUUCUUUGUCUUUGUAGAUUAUCUUUUUCUCUUCAUUUUCUUCGCCUUUCUCGUCUUCAUUCUCUUCAAGUUGUUCCCUUUCUAGAUUUUAAUCUCUUCAUUUUCUGUACUCUUUCCUUUUCCAAUUUCCAAUGAUUUGUUGGAAUUAAUGAAUUCGAUUUAUUGAUUUUACUUUCAGAUUUACGAUUGUUUGUUUUUAUUAUUCUCUCGUUUAAUGCUCUUUUUAGGUUUGAUCCCAACAAAAAAAUGCAACUUUGAUCUAUUUACAAUUGCUUUGGAUUGAUUUGGGCUUCAAUUCGUCAAAAUAUUUUCUGGGGUUGUUGAUUUCAUGCUCUACAUUGCGCAAUUUAUGCUUAUAAUAGUCUCACUUUGUUAGAAUUUGUACCAAAAUAGCUUGGGGUUUAGUUAGUUGGGUGUCUGCUAGGUGUUUGAUAAAAGUCCUAAAAGAGUGAAAAUGCCGAAUUGGGAUACUUUGGAAGAUAUUGGGAAUGUUGGUCAAAUAGCGGGUGUUCAUGCGGUUGGGUUAAUAGGGUUAAUAGUAGAUGCUGCAAAUAGGGCUAGAUUGCACAAGAAGAAUUGCAAAAAGUUUGCUCAUCACUUGAAAUUAAUUGGGAAUUUGUUGGAGCAGCUUAAGAUAACGGAGCUGAAAAAGUACCCUGAAACAAGUGAACCCUUAGAACAGUUAGAAGAAGCACUGAAAAGGGCUUAUUUGUUAGUUCAUAGUUGCCAGGAUAAAAGUUAUCUGUAUCUCUUAGCAAUGGGGUGGAGCAUUGUGAACCAAUUUAAGCGCAUUCAAGACGAGAUCGAUCGCUACUUGCGGAUUAUGCCUUUGCUGACGCUUGUUAGCAAUGCUCGCUUCAAGGAAAGAUUAGAACAUAUCCAAAAUGAUCAAUAUGACUAUACAUUAGAGGAAGAGGACAGAAAGAUGCAAGUUGCAAUUUUGAAUAAGGAACCAUCAAUGGCUGAUACCGUGCUUCUCAAGAAGACCCUAUCUUGCUCAUAUCCAAGCAUGCGAUUUGAACAAGCCCUUCUAGAAGAAAAUGAGAAGCUUCAGAUGGAACUGCAGCGGUCGCAGUCUUCCAUGAAUGUCCAACAUAGUCAAGUGAUUGAACACUUGAUUGAGGUAACAGAAGCUGCCUCUAGGCACUCCAGAAAUUUGGAGGCUAGCUAUUCAAAAUCUCAUGAUGGAAAAGCAUUCUCUGGCGUUGAGACCUGCCAUAAGAGUAUUGGUGCUUUGUCUACCGUCAGAAACACUUCCAUACCAUCUCCAGAAUAUGAGGUGCAAUAUGCCAGGGGAUCAGAUGAUAUGGAGGACUGGCACACUGACCUGCUUGACUGUUGCUCCAAGCCCAAGUUGUGUUUAAAAACAUUCUUCUUUCCCUGCGGAACAUUUUCAAGGAUUGCAUCAGUGGCAAACAAUAAGCACAUGUCUUCAGGAGAUGCAUGCAAUGAAUUGACAGCAUACUCGUUGGUAUUGUCAUGUUGUUGCUACACUUGCUGUAUUAGAAAAAAGCUUCGCAAGAUACUCAACGUCAAGGGAGGCGCAUGUGAUGAUUUUCUCUCACAUUUAUUAUGUUGCUGCUGUUCUCUUGUCCAAGAAUGGCGAGAAGUGGAGAUUAGGGGAGUGAAAGGUCCAAUGAAGACCAUGGCACACCCACCUUCAGCACAGCAGAUGGAGUUCUAAUGUGACUGGAAAAUCCAUAUUAGAUACUGCCUUCCAGUUACAUGCUUCAUGCAAUAUACUCCGUGAGAGCUGCUCUUUACAAAGGUUGGCUGUGCAAUCAUCUGAAAUCCUCUUCUCUGCCACUAAUCAUAGAGGGGGUGGGAUGGGGAGAGAGCGAGAACUUGGGCUCUUGUUUCUAUUUGCACUUAGAAGUAGAAAAUGAGGAUAUUACAUGGUAGUGUUAUGUAAAUAGUUCAGUGCAGGAAACAUAGCGCAUAGUAACUAUGCAAAAUUGGAGUAUAAACAACUCUUUUAUAAGUCCAGUUUAUUACUCCUCUCACUGUGAUGUUUGGAUUUGAAUCCUUCUCUUACCCAAAUUAGCAUUAUGUAUGUAGUGCUACAUCCAGGGGCAGAGAAGUAGAAGUUCCAAAUUAAAAACAUAAAGAAUAUUUGUAGUAAA